AUGUUCUUCACCCGAUUCAGGUUCACUCUGUCUUAUAGACCAGGCUCCCUGAACACAAAGUGCUCCGACGCACUGUCCCGUCUCUAUGACACGGAGGAUCGGUCCACCGAGCUUACUCCCAUCCUUCCAGCCUCGAGGGAGGUCGACUCAGACAUCGAGCGGGUGUUACGGGCGGAACCUGCGCCUCCUCAGUGUCCGGCUGGGCUCUUUGUUCCUCUGGACCCCUCCCUGGACCCCUCCCUGGACCCCUCUCUGGACCCCUCCCUGGACCCCUCCCUGGACCCCUCUCUGGUCCCCUCUCUGGACACCUCCCUGGACCCCUCCCUGGACCCCUCUCAGGACCCCGCUCAGGACCCCUCCCUGGACCCCUCUCAGGACCCCUCCCUGGACCGCUCCCUGGACACCUCCCUGGACCCCUCCCUGGACCCUCCCUGGACCCUUCUCUGGACCCCUCCCUGGACUCCUCUCAAGACCCCUCCCUGGACCCCUCCCUGGACCCCUCUCAGGACCCCUCCCUGGACCCCUCCCUGGACCCCUCUCAGGACCCCUCCCUGGACCCCUCUCAGGACCCCUCUCUGGACCCCUCCCUGGACUCGCUCCCUGCACCCUUCUCUGGACCCCUCCCUGGACCCUUCUCUGGACCCCUCCCUGGACCCUGUCCCAGCUCUCCCUCACACGCCAGCCAGCUCCCUCACACACCAGCUACCUCCCUCACACGCCAGCCAGCUCUCCCUCACACGCCAGCCAGCUCUCCCUCACACGCCAGCCAGCUCCCUCACACGCCAGCCAGCUCUCCCUCACACGCCAGCCAGCUCCCUCACACGCCAGCUACCUCCCUCACACGCCAGCCAGCUCUCCCUCAAACGCCAGCCAGCUCUCCCUCACACGCCAGCCAGCUCCCUCACACGCCAGCUACCUCCUUCACACGCCAGCCAGCUCUCCCUCACACGCCAGCCAGCUCUACCUCACACGCCAGCCAGCUCCCUCACACGCCAGCUACCUCCUUCACACGCCAGCCAGCUCUCCCUCACACGCCAGCCAGCUCUCCCUCACACGCCAGCCAGCUCCCUCACACGCCAGCCAGCUCUCCCUCACACGCCAGCCAGCUCCCUCACACGCCAGCCACCUCCCUCACACGCCAGCUACCUCCCUCACACGCCAGCCAGCUCCCUCACACGCCAGCUACCUCCCUCACACGCCAGCCAGCUCUCCCUCAAACGCCAGCCAGCUCUCCCUCACACGCCAGCCAGCUCCCUCACACGCCAGCUACCUCCUUCACACGCCAGCCAGCUCUCCAUCACACGCCAGCCAGCUCUCCCUCACACGCCAGCCAGCUCCCUCACACGCCAGCCAGCUCUCCCUCACACGCCAGCCAGCUCUCCCUCACACGCCAGCCAGCUCCCUCACAUGCCAGCCAGCUCCCUCACACUCCAGCCACCUCCCUCACACGCCAGCUACCUCCCUCACACGCCAGCAACCUCUCCCUCACACGCCAGCUACCUCCCUCACACGACAGCUACCUCCCUCACACGCCAGCCAGCUCCCUCACACGCCAGCUAUCUCCCUCACACGCCAGCCAGCUCCCUCACACGCCAGCCAGCUCUCCCUCACACGCCAGCCAGCUCCCUCACACGCCAGCCAGCUCUCCCUCACACGCCAGCCAGCUCCCUCACACGCCAGCCAGCUCUCCCUCACACUCCAGCCACCUACCUCACACGCCAGCUACCUCCCUCACACGCCAGCCACCUCUCCCUCACACGCCAGCUACCUCCCUCACACGCCAGCUACCUCCCUCACACGCCAGCCAGCUCCCUCACACUUCAGCUACCUCCCUCACACGCCAGCCAGCUCCCUCACACUUCAGCUACCUCCCUCACACGUCAGCCACCUCUCCUUCACACGCCAGCUACCUCCCUCACACGCCAGCCAGCUCCCUCACACGCCAGCUACCUCCCUCACACGCCAACUAAUUCCCUCACACGCCAGCUACCUCCCUCACAUGCCAGCCACCUCCCUCACACGCCAGCUACCUCCCUCACACUCCAGCCAGCUCUCCCUCACACGCCAGCCAGCUCCCUCACACGCCAGCCAGCUCUCCCUCACACGCCAGCCAGCUCCCUCACAUGCCAGCCAGCUCCCUCACACUCCAGCCACCUCCCUCACACGCCAGCUACCUCCCUCACACGACAGCUACCUCCCUCACACGCCAGCCAGCUCCCUCACACGCCAGCUACCUCCCUCACACGCCAGCCAGCUCCCUCACACGCCAGCCAGCUCCCUCACACGCCAGCCAGCUCUCCCUCACACGCCAGCCAGCUCCCUCACACGCCAGCCAGCUCUCCCUCACACUCCAGCCACCUCCCUCACACGCCAGCCACCUCUCCCUCACACGCCAGCUACCUCCCUCACACGCCAGCUACCUCCCUCACACGCCAGUCAGCUCCCUCACACACCAGCUACCUACCUCGCACGCCAGCCAGCUCCCUCACACGCCAGCCAGCUCCCUCACACGCCAGCCACCUCUCCCUCACACGCCAGCUACCUCCCUCACACGCCAGCUACCUCCCUCACACGCCAGCCCAUCCCUCCCCCCAGGUCAUCAACAGUCUGCCAGCAUACACUGAGACGCCUCCUGAGGCUGAGGGUUCGACCACGGGCAGAGGUUUCCAGUAG